UGGUUAAUUUUUUUAAACAGGUGAUAUCUUUCUUCACGACAGAAAAAUAUCAUCAUCCACACCUAUUAAAAUAAAAAUAAUAAAAAAAUAUAAAAAGCAUAUAAUUAGUAAUAUCGCAUGAUCUACAUGUUCUCGUAAAAUAGACAAAAAAAACGUUAGAUGGUAAUUGAGUAAAAACAUUUUGAAUGUAUUUCUUGUAAUAAAGGAAACUGAGAUUAAAACACCAACGUUUUAUUGUUAUAUCAUAUCCCACAGGUUUAAAUAACGAGUAAUUAAUAGAAGCGAGAUAUUAUUUUUCAUGCAACAAUCAUAUCAAGUUCUUGUGGUAAAGAAUAUGGAUUGUAAAGAGCAUGAAGCAUUCCUUAUAGAUGAGGAUAGCUUGGAAAAUCAUACAGAUAAACAUAGUGAUAUCAUCGAUCAACGCAUGAUUCCAUCUAAAUUAGUUUAUCUUCUUGUUUUCGCUUAUUUUGGAAGUUAUAUGCCAUACAUAAACACAUUUCUAAUAUCAGUUGGUCUCACUACAAGUCAAGCUGGUCUUAUAUAUGGAACACGUUUGCUUAUAACAAUGUGUGUAGGACCAAUUUGGGGAUUGUUAGCAGAUUAUACAGGCUACAGAAGAGUAAUAUUUGUAGUUCUAUGUUUAGGCACUGCCUUAUUUAUAUUUCCUAGUCCAUGGAUUGCUAAAUAUUUUGCAUGCAACGGAAAAGAAGUUCAACCGAACGCUAUCGAUGACACAAAUACAUCAUCAACACACGUCUUCUACGCCAUGUUGGUGAUAGGGUCAAUUUCUGCACCAUUUGAUGACCCCUUAAUCGGUUAUGUUGAUUCUGCCGUCGUUAAUGUCGUAAAAUCAAGUCAAAAUGACGCGACAUAUGGACGUCAACGAAUGAUGGGAUCGAUAGGCUUUGGUUUGGCAAAUCUUUUAGCAGGAUAUGCUGCCGAUAACUACACUCCUGAACACAUGUCAAAAUACACAGCCAUAUUUUUUGUAUUUUUACCUUCAAUUCUUCUUUUAAUCCCAGUUGGUUUGAUUUUAUUCAAUCAAGGAGAUUGGCAAACCAACCCAAACAAGUCUAAUAAUCAGGUAUUUUCACAGGUGCUUGUAGUGCUGAAAAAUAAAGAAAAUUGGAUGUUCUUUCUAACUGUUGUUGUCAACUCCAUAGCAACUGGAAUUAACUUUGGAUUUGUUUAUUUGCUCAUGGAAGAAUAUAUGAACUCAACGAAAUUAAUCAUGGGAGUAUCCAUGACAGUAGCAUGUGCGACUGAAUUGGUGUUUCUUGCAUUCUCUUCAAGUAUAAUCAAGUUUCUCGGUGGCACUAUGCCAGCCACAAUAAUAGCUUCUCUUUCCCACGCUAUUAGAUAUAUUUUGAUCUCAUAUGUGGAAAAUCCAUGGCUUGUUUUACCAUUACAAGGCAUGAAAUGCUUAGGCGUUGCGUUGUUUUGGACAUCAGCUAUAGAAAAGGUGACCACGAUAACUGAAAGGGAAGUAAGAAGUACUAUGAUUGGGUUGCUCAAUAGCAUCCACUACGCAUUAGGACCUGCCAUAGCUAUUUUCGUUGGUGGAUAUUUAUAUGAAAUUUACGGUGGGCGAUAUUUCUUUAGAAUAGUAGGAAUGGUUUUUAGUGUAUGGACAAUCGUGGUGUUGAUCUAUCAUUUAAUAUCCGUUCGUCAAAGAAAAUAAGAAGCCCUGUGGCUUUAAGAUUUCCAUCAUUAGCCUGAAAGAUUUUGAAAUUUAAAGUAGACCGUGAAAACGGAGAAUUAUGGGUAAAUAAAUCACAAGUAUCACGAUUCCUAACUAUUUUUGUAACUAACCUGCAAUGUUAAAAUACAACUCAAUAAAUAAAAAAUAAAAAUUUUACAUAGCUAUAUGAAGUAUUCUACAAUAACAGUUAAAAUUUUAACUGGAUAUUUUUAAAAGUGAUCAGGAAAAUUCUGGAAAUUCCAGAAUACAAAUCUUGUUAUGUAGAAACUGGACGAUUCGAAUAUAAUAACUUCUGAACGAGCUCAAUUUGAAUGAUGAAGUAGUUCAUUGUUUAUUAAUUCAGCAAAAAAUACAUACUAGCAUUUCAGUAUUUAGGCCUUCAAAAUUUACUCUCUUGUUGAAACAUUUUUCAAAAUGGUGAUGGUGCAAGGUUAGAUAAUAGCUGAUCUGAAAAGGAAAGUACGCUUUAAAAAUAAGAAAAAAGAAUACAAUUUAACCAUAAACUGCAUUAAAACCAGGUUGUUUAAAUAUUGUCUCUUUUUAACCUCUCUUUGCCUCUUUGAUUUAGGGAAUUUAAUACAAAGAUACAAAUCCAUGCGACGUGAUGCACAGGUAUAUUUCGUGAGAUUUUUAAAAAUCAAGUCAUUUUUAAGAAAUCUUAGAAAAAUAUUUUGUGAUACUUUGGGUUGAUCUCAAGAAAGAUUUUCAAGCAAAUUAGGCCCAAGGAGAACUGAUAAUUAGCCAGUAACAGAAUAGUUCACCGUUUUCAAUGGAGCCAUAGCUUGGUGGUUAUAACUCUGCACUUUGUGCGGGAGAACAGGGUUCGAUUCCUCUUGGCGCAAUUCAAUAUUAUGCUACCAUAGCCCAGACUAGAAUCCCUAUCUAAGCUAUGACCUUUCCUGGAAAUAAUAGACAGGAUUUGUAAGGCUAGCCAUAUAAAAUAUACAGACAUUCUAUUUAUCUAUGCAGAAUAAUUAUAUAUACGGUGCGUACAGUAUAAUUAGCCGCUUAUACAGCUACUUAUAUAUCUUUUUACUUAAAUUUUCACUUUUCUUCGUUAUCGAUCUCCCCAUAGCCAGCUAUAUUUACAUAGAUCAACAUAAAGUUGUUCUUCAAUCAAAACCAAGAAAAAGAACAAGAAACGAUUUUGCAAAAUAGAUACAAUUUUACUGUAGCUAGCAGUACAUAUGUCGUCUAUAUUAUUACAACAAAGCUGUUUUGAUUUCAAGAAAAAACAUGGAAAAGACGCAGUUAGCUGUAAAGAACACAAAGAAGCUUUUAACGGCUAAUUAUACUAGGCGUAGCAUCUAAUUAUCCUGCAUCGGCUAACUAUAUAUUGUUACAGGUUAAUUACCAGUUCACCAACUGCUCAGUGCAAGCAACAAUAAAUUUUUGUCACGUUUCGACAACUUUUUUGCAAAAAAUAUAAAAAAAAUCCUGUGCGAAUAUAUAUCUUUUUAUCUGAUAGAAGUAGUCCCACAAAGUGUCAUUUGGAAGUCAUUUUCAGCCCCCCUUUUUCCCAUAAGAACAGGAGUUGAGUGUCCAGUCAUGGAAGAACUACGCAAGACAGGAUAAAAGUUUUUGUUGCUUGCUCUUUAAAAAAAAAGGCACUCCAAUCAAAGCACUAUUUUGUGUAGCUAGCUCCAUAGCUAUCUAGCAAGUAAGUAAUUUCAUGAAAGGUAUGUCAGCACCAAUCAAAAGGAGAUCCAAGUCAGCACCAAAAAUUGAGAUAGCUAGCUAGCCAGCACACCUUUCUCACUUAGCUAUAUAUAAAAUAAGCGGCAUAGCGGCGACGGAAAUCAAUAACAAUAUAUAAUAACCGAAUUUCUGUUAAAUUUUUAGUUGGACUGGAAUUUGAUAUUUCUGUUCGAAUUUUGCGAGUAUUAAUAAUUAAAAGUAGUGAAAAGAAUUGAUGGUACCACCCUUUUUUGUUAUUAAUUAGCUUCGAUUAACUUUUCUGCAACGAUUAAAUUUCUUUAUCCAAUAUAUUUAUAUUUACACUGAGAUUUAUGCAAUGUCGAAACUGUAACAAUUUACUUUGCAUAUUUCUUUGUUAUCACUUAUGUUGAGAUGACUAACGGAAAUUAGAGUGUGCUGUAUUUAUUGAAAAAGGCCUUUAAUGAUAUAUCUUUUAUAAUGAAACGCUAAUUCCGUCUAACUGUAUGCACUAUUAAUACAUAACAAUAAACUAUUUUAUAAAAAGGAAAAUGUAUUUAUUUGCUUUAAAAAGUAUUAUGUUUAAGCCCUUCCAUGGACCCGAAAUGAGGUUUCGAACCGCAAUAAAAGUUCCUCGUAUAUACAUGGAGUCUUACAUAACAGUGUUGCACAAACUAAGAUGCGCCAUAAAUUUAUUCCCAUGCGCAAUAACGUUCUAAACAUACGAAAUAGCUUAGUACACAUGUGGGAAAUUCCCAAGAAAUUCCAUGCUGUUGUUGUUAUUGUGGUAACACGCAUUGUCUUGUAAAGAAUUGUAGUGAACAUUUCCGAAAAAACGAUUGACUCAUUUCUUGCUUC